AUGAACUGUUUAUCAAUUAAGGAGAAUUCUACCGGCUCACUGGAUCCGGUGGCGGAAAGAUGGAACUCUUCGUCUAUAGACUUCGCGGAGAUCACCAUGGACAGGAAUUUCGCCCUUUUACUUGUGUCCUUGAUAUCAGGGAUACUGUGGAUAGUUUACAUAACAUACUAUAAUAGUCGUGUCCUAGGAUACAUUCUUACUAGACUCAUAAACAGAUUUUACUUCCAAGAUGAGAAUUUUAAAAUUGGAUCAUUCACUCUCAAUGCCCUGUCUGGAAAGAUUAUGUUCCGUGAUAUUGUAUACAUUAAUUAUGAUUACACAUUAAGGAUUCAAGAUGGUUAUCUUAUAUUUAGAUGGUGGCGAUCCUAUGUACCUAAGGAUGUUUCAGAAGAUCUAUCGCAUUCUGAUACUCGGCUAUCUAUAAUGUUAAAUGGCUUUGAACUGCAUGUUUACAAUCGAUGUGACCUCUACCAUGAACUAGAAAAAAUAUUUGGUCUAGAUCCUGUGAUUAAGCAGCCACAUGAUGAUUCUUCAGACCAAGAUAAAGCUAUGAAUGAUGCUAAUGAAAAACGACGUCGUGCACAGGACACAGUGCGUUCUGAAGCUGCUAUGGCAAGGACAUGGAGAGAUCUUAUACCUGUCAUAAAAAUUGAUAUUUGCACAGGAAGAGUAGUGUUUGGAAAUAGAUUAGUACCAACAACAUUAUCAAUCAGUGUAGAAGAAGCUCAUAUUAUGUACAGUACAAAACCUCCUGCUUCUAGCUUAGAUCAUCUCAUGCAUUUUGUAAAAGCUAAAGCCGAAAACUGUAAAGUUAUUCUUGCACCAAGUCCAAAUUAUACUUCAAUGGUUGAUGAACCUCCUCGGUAUAUGGGUGAGGGUUUUGUUGUAAUGAGUUCAAAUUACAUUGAAGUUUACUUUUAUAUGGAUGAGCCUGGCUUAGUACCUGAAGAACCAGUGUUAUUACAGCUAGCCAACGGAGAUAUUGUGGAAUCUGCACCUCCAAUUUGGGGCGUUGAUAUAAAGUGCGGCAAAGGAACUGACUUCAGUUAUGGCCCUUGGGCUGAUAGGCAAAGAGAUAACUUGUUUAAAUUUUUCUUCCCCCCAAAUUAUAAAAAUUUAGAGGUAACUCCACAACCAAAACCAGGUGACCGGCGACAAAUGCAAUCUUUCGACAUUCGUUUAUCCACACUUAAUGAAGCUACAAUUGAUAUUCUCUUUACAAAAAAUAAAGAAACAAAUGCUGUUCAUAUAAACAUAGGUGCUGGGUCUUACCUUGAAGUAACAUUGCCGUGGAUUGUACUUCAAGAUGGCUUCACUACGAAAAUUACGGGUCAACUCCUACAUUUAGAAGCUACUACAAGUCUUCAGUACAGAAGUUUAGCUGAAAGUGAAACAUUAGAAUACACAGUGAAGUGCCAUUACCCUCUAGUGUGGAACCAUCAUCAAUGCUGGCAGCUAUCCUUAACUGGAUGCAAAGCUACUGCACAUUUUGUAUACACACAUAUUGACUUUUUUCAAGAUUUGACUAAUGAUUGGGCCAGUAAAGCCAGACCAGAUCUUCUUCAUUUUGUGCCGUACACAUGGAAGAUAUCAUUACUUUUAAAAGAGUGUGAAGUUCUUACUGUCAGUAAUCAACAUAACUGGAUAGACUGUAGUUCCACAAACCAAGAAAAUAAUCAUGUUGCUUUCUGUGGAGAUCUUUUAGAUGUUUCUUUUGAUCUUCCAUUUGUUGAUUUUCUUCCAGAUAUGAUUCCAUUAAAGAUAUGGGUUCAAGGAGAAGCUGUAGAUAUGAGCUUGUAUUUACCUGAAGUUAACACUUCCAGAUUACUCCUUUUAUCCAUUGACAAAAAUAUGAAAUUAGUGCCAAGCAGACUAAGAGCAUCAAAAUGGCGCCGAAAAUGCGUAAAAUCACAAGGGUGGGUUGACUGUUGGUCAGUUCCCAUUGUGGCUCUGAGUGUUCGUUACAAUUACCAUCCAAUACCUCCUCUAGGACCUGAGCCGCAAGCCGAUAUUACAACACCGGAAAAAGAAGAAAUUUUACUGUCGCCUAUGAGAAUACCGAGGAUUCGAAAACAACCCCAGAUAAACUGGGCUAUGGAUGGUAACAACUUCGAUAGAACAACUUUGGCGCCGGAUAAAGUAAGUGUUGACUUGGAAGUUGGCCCUUCAGUUCUCUUGGCAUAUGGCACUAUAAUUACCAGUUUUAUGAAUUUGUUAGAAAACAUUUUUGGGGAAGAUCAAACUUUUACGGAUAUGCAAAAAGCACCCACCACAGGUACAUACUUCUGGUCAAGUGACAACGCCACCAAGGUAAAUGAUAGAAGCAGCAUCAAUCAGCAUUCUGAAAUAUCAAUGGAUGACUCUACUGAUUCUAGCAAAGGCCCAUUCGAUCCUAGAAAGUUCAGACCCUUAGAUGUUACAGUGUCCAUUAUAAUUCACGAUAUUCAGGCUCAUUUAGUGAAAAACUGUAGUGAAAAUGAACCUACUUGUCCCGUUGUAUUGAUAGAAAGGUUUGGCUUUGAAAUGGAUAAGAAAUUCAGAGAGACUAAACUUCAACUUCUUCUUAGUCCCUCUAUAUUAAUAUCUGGAAAUAAUUUGUCACGUCCCAGUGCAAAUGGAAGCACUAACUCCAGUGCACUACAACAGGGACAUUUGAUGCUAUCAUCGUUUCAGUUACGAGGAAAUGGAUUUUUCAGUGACAUGAAUCGCGGGGUAGAAGAAGAAACUAUCGAAUAUGCAUGGAUGAUGGAGUUGCAGUUGGGCCAACUAACAGGUCGUAUGACAUUACCUCAGCUUUACCAAGUGGUCUCAUCGUUAGAGACUUUCUUACUUCUCAUUUGUGACAACGAAAACGAAUUGAUUGCUCCAAAUUCUGUCAAGCAAUGCCAUCAUGGCUUAAAUAAUGUUCUAUGUCCUGAGACCGAUAUAACUUUGAAAUAUCGAUGUCCGACACCAAAUGAAAUUAAAUACCGAAUGAUACGGGUUGCGAUAGAUCUUGUAGAUUUGUACAUAGCAGAUUCUAAUACGACAUUGCAAACGUGGAUAUCUCCCAUACGUUUAUCUUUCUGCAACUUACAUGGCUCAGGUUGUGGCACCGGUAUUACGGGUCUUCUUCCAAACAUCAAGUUAGCUCUCUAUACACAGACAAAUAUGCAAUCGAAUUCACACCACAAUUCUAAUGGUAGCAACAACUGUCCAAGUAAAUUAUUGCCCGAAAGCGAAAAUUGGGUGGGAGUGGGAUCGAUGAGUUUAGGCCCUGUUUUAAUAGAGGCUGCAUCUUCAUUGCCUCAAAGCCCCAAAAAUGUACAUCUCGUACAACAGAAGUUCUUGAAAAUGCACGACGAUAAAUUUAAGAAAUUGUGGUUUCUUUGGCCAAAUGACGGAAAAGGAUCACAAUGUGGAUGUAACGGUGGUUGCGCGUUUUUCGGUUCCAACAGAAAUGGUCCUAACUUUUUCAAACCCAGUCCUGCCGAUAUUAAUGAUGGAAUAAAUAUAGCGAUGUUUAAUGUUAUAGAGUCAUGUGGUGAAUAUGGUUAUGGACAGAGUCUAUUACAUUCUGGACACCUAGUGUUCCAUACUCCACCAUACAACACCCUGAAUGUGUGUUUACAACCAACUAAUGUCACUACUCUUAUACCAUCACCUUUACCACAGAACAUAAACAAGUCGCCACAAGCAGCAGAAAGACGUAGCUUAACACGAAGAUUUUCAUAUACCAGCGUAAACAAAGGAAGUAACAAUGUAUUAGUGUCGAGUACAAAAAGUGACGUUCCCUACGCCCGACUGGUUGAUUCAAGUGCUCCUUUGGGCAGUACCAAAAUUGACAGCGAUUCAAAAUUAAAUAAAACAAUCCUAAAUGUACCACAGCUAGAGAGCAGUGUUUCAGAUUCGAAGUUAGCUCUCAGCUGCGUAGUAAAAGACAGCCCAAACAUUAAUAUCAAGAGGCAAAAUAUCCAAGCCGAUCAUGAAGCUUUCAUUGUCCCCAAAGUACCUCCAAGAAGCGUGGCCGUAUCGGAAUCACACUAUUCGCUUAACUCUCAACACCCUCACGAUGAAUCGACACCUCUACAAGUACAAAGAACAAUGUCUAUUACAAGUGAAAAUCAUUCAGAAGCAUUUUUUUCUGCGGACGAAGACAUGUUUCCAAGCCGCUCAUCCAGCUUAAAGCACUCUUUUGGCAGUCGGCAUAGCAAUUCCAGAGAGAAGCACUCGUAUGCUAUUAACGAUAUAGCUGCCGAUAAAUGGACGGGUUCCGUACCUAGAUGCGAGCUCAGAGAUGGUCCCGAUAACAUUAGUACCAUUAGCGGAGUACAACCAGAUUCAGAAAGUGGGUCCGUUUCAUCGACGUCAUUUAUUUCGGCUAUUUCAUCUCAAGAAGACAUGACAUUAGUGAACUUGCAUAUGCAAACAAAUAAGCCCAUCGUUGAUUCACCAUUACUUAUGUCCAGCUAUAUGAGUAACUUACCUCAGUACAAAUGCACCAAUUGGUCUUCUUGCUCAUUGCCCUCCGGAAAUGAUUUGUUUACGUUACCCCUGUUUAAAAGAGCCGAAGAUGGGUCUUUAGUUUACGUAGGCCAAAAGUAUUUACCAAACUUCGAAUCAGUGGGAAAAGUUAACAUUUUAAAACUCAUUUCCAAAAGUAAUCAGAACAACCAAAACUUGCACGGACCGUAUGCUAACUUACCCCCUCAUUUCAAUUCUCAAAUAAAAACACAUCCAUACCCUCAAGCUUGGUGGGAUUUGCAACAGAACAGAGACGAUAAUCAAGAAAAUAAUACAGAUAAAAUAACAUCCUCCACUUUAACGACGACGAGUGAUAGUAAAAAUGGUUUAUUUAUUCGUCUUCGUGGGGAAAUUGACGUUCUGCUCACGCCGUUAGUUUUAGAAAGCACUCAAAAAUUUGUAGAAUCAAUUACACCCGUUUUAGCUAACGUGCAUCCUAUAACCGUUAUCAACCAUUUAAGAUUGUUAUGUAUAUCUUCCGUUGAAUCGUCAAAUGUGCUGAAGCAAAAGCAGCAUGUGCUUAAUUGGCUACCGCAAAUGCAAGCUCGAAACGAGUCUAGUAUCAUCAUAGACAAAGACGACAAAUGUAAGCUAGCAACAAUACCUCAAUCAAAUGUUUACGAAGAAACCAUCAAUACGCAAAUUCAAGCGACGGUGACCGUACCUAAAGUAAAUGUGAUUUUUAUACAAUCAUCUGUGGUCGAGGAUAUGAUAUCUUUCUCAGCUUUAGACAACAUCCAAGACUUGACCUGCGUAUCUCUUUUUGGGAUAUAUAUGGAAAAUAUUGUUGCCAAAUAUGUAAGCUCAAGAAAAACUUUGGAGUCAAUACAAUUAUAUUAUAGGCCAACUUUAAGAGCUCUCGGUAGUAAAAAGUCGUUUGGCAUCAUGAAGGGACCUAGAGCCUUAAUAUCUCAAGCUGCUGGACGAAAGAGAGGCCCCGAAAAGGGGGAGCCUGUAUUUAUUGAAAGUUCCCAACAGCAGUGUGAAGAUACUAAUAUCACACUUAAUGUAGGAAAAGUACACGGGCAACUGCGACGAAUCCGUAACGAGUCAUCCCAGUUGAAAGACGCUACCAUUACUGGUAUUCCAUGCCAACAUUCCAAAGUUGCUUUUAAAUUUGUCAGAAUCGACACCAACAAUCGAGGCUGCGAUACUACGACAUGCCAAAACGGACCUUCAGAAGGUCAGAAAGAAUAUUCUAUAGGCUACAUAAUGUUUGAAUGUGGUCUGGAAGGUGUAUCAGUUAAAGUUUCAAAUCAUUCAGCGGCCCAUAAAUCAAAUGAGGACAAAAAGCUCAGCCGACCAGACAACGAGAGUUGCAGAGAAUCUGUAAAAUCGGCUGAAGAGUUAAAACCAGAAAAAGAGAAGUCAAAGGGCAUUCGCACAUCUGGUUUCGAAGAGUUGUUUAAAAAACGGGAAUCGACCUCAAAACCCAGUACUCCCAAUUUGGGGACUUCUCAACCGCCACCGGCUCCCCAGGCUCCUCCUGAACCAAGCACACCGGUGCAGGAUGACCCGUCAAAUGACAGUUGUACAACAAUAGUGCCUGUUAAAGAUAAUGGUAAUACGUCUUCUUGUGCCAUUGACUUGAAGGUAGUUUGGUUCAAUUUCGCGGCUCCACCACGUACUCCUAUCACUAAAAAGAUUGACUAUACAAGGCUUGACUGGAACUUACUAAGCACAGCUUCGCCUGCAAUUAACGCGUGGAUGAACCCCUGCAACCGCCUCGGUAUUCGCGUCGUGAGCAUGUACCGAGCCAGGGCUAGGCGUCUCGCUGCCACAGCUGCUAGUUUGAUGGCGUCGGCCCUAGAUAGGGCUCCACAUCACACACUGCCAAAAAGUCGAUACGGCCGUCACACUCCAAUGGCAAAGCAGUUACGGGAAGAACCCUCCUUACAGCUAUGCGCAGUGUUACUCAGAUAUGCACUACAAGCUGAUGCAGCCGCCGUACAGGCCGACCUAGCUGAUCGGCAUUUGCCUUCGUUGUCUACAUUGAGACAGGGUGUUAUAGUUCUAACGCGGCAAUGGAAGAACAUCUUAUACACACCUCUUCUGCUGGAACAUAGCUACAAGAGCAAGGUUAUGAAGCCAGUUGCAGUCACUUUCGCCCUUCCAGACCUGAUAGAGGAUUCAGUGGAGGGAUGGCAAGAAUAUCAGUUUGACAAUGAAGGACUUGACGAGAACUGUCUUCUCCUGAAUAUGGAUACGGACAAAUUGACAACAACGUUGCCAGUUCGUGCAGCACAAAGCAGUCGCGCCAGCCUCGUUUUUCCGUCUCUGCCAUUCUCUACGCGUAAGACACCUUUCCAGGACGAUGCCAUCGCCAAUUACGGGACGUUAAAGGAAGAUUUACCAACUGUGGGCUCUAAUCCCUCGCUAUACUCUCAAGGCAGUCAGGAUAAUAUAGCAGCUGACCGCGCAAGAGAGGACCUCUACCAAUGGAUGGCGAAACAAGAGCCAAUUAAAGUUGAACCAAAAAGUAAGAAGCCAAUGAUACCUCCGUCAAAAAUGAACCCACGUGUUGUGGCUCAAUCUCUUCCGGCUUGCAGUUUGUAUCCACUGCAAGGAUCGCUCAUGCUGCUGGAUGCACAUCUUGUUUUUCAGCCUUUCCUUGCUGCUUUGGGCGUUUCCCCGCAUCAAGUUGCUCAGGGAAAAGGUGAAACAAAAGACGGAAAUGGUGGUGGAGACGGUGGCGGGAGCUCUGGUCUUGAAGCACUGGGGUGCUCCGUCUCUUUGGCAGGCUGGCUCGACUCACUACGGGUCCAUAUAGUAGUCAGCGAAUUGGGCAGACAUAGCAAAGGAAAAGCCACACAAAGUCAAGGGGACCAAGCUUCGGAAAGCCCCGCUUUUCUAUGCGAGAAGGUAUCUGUAGAUGUGCUAGUGAAGAAAGUGGCAGAUGUGGCUGUGGAUGAAUUGGUACAGAAACAAAACGUGGUCUACAUUUCACGGGGUCAAUUGAAAAAACACAUCAGUACGAUGAUCAACUGCAACCUGAGCAUCCGUUUUAUUUCACAGCAAGUAAAUAUGCCACUACUACGCUUACUCCACCAAAUAAGUAACAUGUACCAAAACGUCAAGGAUACACACACAGAGUUACGCGCGCGCACUGAUCGCCCGCGGCCGCAUAAGAGGUCUCAUGUUUCAGAAUACCCCGAGAACCUAGUAAGUGUGACGUCACUGGAUAAGGACAGCCAAUACGCAGGACUGGAUACCAAGUGGGACCUGCCCACUGUCAUAGGACCAGAUGUGACUUCUGAAAAGGACGUGAGUCCUCCACCCCGACCUAGACCUCAGUCAUUUGCCCAGAAACUUCGUUCUACUGGAAAAAGUGUUAAAGGGAGACUUGGAUACAGCUCGCUAAACGAAGGCGCGCAUACGCCCAUGUACAAUGCGGAAGUGCCGGCUGGAGAUAGUGAAGUGGCGCCACCCACUCCAACCAUUCCUCCAGAACCCAUCGCCGCGAAUGUCAAUCUGGCGCCACGGUGCUGGAGGACGUUGUAUCUGCUGUUAGAUUUGUAUGCGAAUAUGCCAGAUGCCGAUACAAUUACUCACAGGUUUUCAGUAUCUACAGAAUUGCCUGAGGCAUAUCGAACAAAGGGUGCAGCUCGGCCAAGUUCUCGCGAACAAAACAACAGCAACUCUUCCUCUUCUGCUACUGGCUCUGGUAUCGUAGUCAUGGGUGCUGCAAGGAUACACCGGACUAGGUUACUUGCGUCUUUGUCGGGUCUAAAGUUAGAAGCGGAAAUAACAUCGUUACAAGGAUCACUGUCAGCGUCUAGAACUCGGCAAUGGGCACUAAGCGGCAACUUGGGAAGAACGGCUAUUAUGUUGCUGGAAGGAGUCGCACCUAAUCAUCAGACAGUAGUACGAGUCAGCGUGGGUAAAUCUCAAGCCUUGUACUCGUGGGAGGGUGGUCGUCUUGGCGCCACCGCUCUAGGCUCGAUAGGAGGAGUGAGAAUAGAUUUGCCGCAGCAUCCGGUGGCACUACACGGGGUUAUGACACGAUCCAGUCGGCAAUUAUCUUCCACCUUACAGGAACUGGGCGUGACGCGAACAUCCUCUCGCUUGUCGCGGUCAGGUGGAGCCGGGCCGGGUGGUCCGGGGGAUGUGUCGGAAGAGGAAGGAAGUCCCCCAGCCGCACCUCCACCUCCACGUGCACCCCCCUCCACCACUACGCCACUCUUGCAGCCGUUGCAUCUACAGUUCUCGCUUGUUCUGCAGAGUUUAAGUAUAACAGCGGCCCUUUUGCCGUCUCUCCAAGCGCAAUACAAAAUGGAACGUGUGCAUAGCUCAGGCGUAACGGCGGGCAAGGCGCACUUCACAGUUGAAUUGCCGCAUCACUCUCUUAGCUUUGUCACUAAACUGCAGGUGACGGAAGCGAACAUCCCGGCAGCAGCGUCCGUGUCACUGCCAGCCGUGUCGUGUCGAGCGCGUGUCCUCGACUGCGCUCCUAACGAUGCGCCCGGCAGCGGUGAUAAUGCGCAACCUGGUGCGGAGGGGGCUGUCCUAAUGGCUGGUCGGUAUCUUGCCGCGACAGCUGAUAUUGGCCUUUUUGAACACACUCUGUCUACGGACUUACUCAACCAUCUUGUAUUCGUGCAAAAAGUCUUUAUGAAGGAAGUAAACGAAGUGGUACAGAAAGUGUAUGGCGGCGAAAAACCUGUGCCGCUGUGGAAUGAAGAGGAGGCUUCCUCUUCAGCUCUUAGCAGGAUUCUGUUUUCUCUUCUUAUUAGAAUCAAACGUAUUCAAUUAACGGCGAUGACACCGAGCAACAGUGCCGUAAGACUAGAAACAGGCGCUGUAGAGUUGGAGCUUUCCAACCGGGUUCAAAACGUGACGCAGCCUGCGCAGUCGCACGGGCUAAGACUAUUUGCGAGAGCACAGGUGGACAUCAAUUUGAGUUUGGGUCAGCUGAUCCGCAAUGCUAUGUUCGAAGAGGCCGAGCCAGAAUUUCAACAAUAUGCAUUCUUCAAUACGAGAAUAUCAAUGCGCAACGCAUUUCAAGAGGAAAUAGUGUGUGGCGAAGACAAGGAAGUCGUUCUCAUCCGUUUAAAGCGACCUCUAGUGUACAUCCAGCCCAUAGCAGUAGACAGAGCUAUACUUGUUUGGCUGAAUUAUAAGAACGCAUAUGAAUAUUGGAACGAAAAGCGCAUGACGUUAAAUAAGGAAGUGCUUACAGCUACACAGCAGGUUUUCGAGAAGGUACAACUGACGUCACAAAUUGGCACUCCCCAUUUGAGUACUCUAUUUUUACAACUCAACGUUGAUGACAUCGGAAUAUGCUUACCACUUAAUCAGCCACCCGUUUCGAAAUGGUGCGGUUGGGGCUGGGGUUGGGGAGCAAGCGAAGGCGGCGUCGGAAUGGGAGGUGAUGGGGAACGUGGGGCUGUAGUUGUGACACUAGAGAGUACCAGCAUAUCAGCCGUUAGCUCGGGUGCGCUGGUUAGCAAAGGUCGUUUUGUUGGCCUCUGUUUGAGAUUCGCACGCGAUUUUGAAGCGUCCUUAGAUGACUGGAAACCAGAACCUCAAGAGGCCUGUGUUAACGUUUGCUGCGUGUCUGAGGGCACAUAUGAAGUUUGCAGUCGCACUGCUGCAGCAAGGCAUAAUGAAAAUGCCAAGUGGUUCCUAAAUGUAUCCUGGCAAAUGGAAGGUGUGGACAUACAUCUCGACACAAAUGUUGGCAAGCAGCUGUCCGCUUUGGGCCACACGCUGACUAUGCUUACUGGUUUCGAAGAAGAAGACCCAUUAAAGAUGGACUAUGAGAGUGACUUAGAUGACGAGGCUGACAAUAGUAAAGAUUCACAAGAGAGUAUAGUCCUACGACGUAAAUACACAGACCACUUGCCUGCCUUCGUGUUCGACUCCUCAAUAGAUGCAAAGAAACGAUCAAAACUCAUCGAGAAGGAAAUGACUGAGCAGGCGAAAAUAAUCAGUGAUUUGAGAUCGUUAGGUGCAAGUCAUAGUACAGUAGAAUAUGAAUUGAGGCGGUUACAAGAUCUGGAAGCAUUGGUUUUCAAGGACUUUAGAAGAGAUAUGUUGCAAAAACUACGUCGGCAGAGUGUCAGAGCUAGCUCUAUUACAAAGGGAAAAUUAGGUCUCGGCUCUAGUCGGCCUCCGCCCCUCCCACCGCUACCACCUCUGCCGUCUCUUCCGCCGGAUAACGAAAGUAUUGGUGAGCCGGCAUCAGCUGGGAUAGUUAUGCCCUCGAGCACCGUUGGUAACCUCGCAGGUGUAGGCAGUUUGGGAAUGAGCAGUCUAGCGAGUGUGGGCAGCUUGGGCAGCGUGGGCGAUUCUGGGGAAACGUUGCUCUUAGUAGAAGACGACACUCGCCUCGCUGAUAUAAUAGAGGGUGCUUCCUGGAGCUCCAUGGACAGUGAGACAUUAACGGGACCAUCGCGCUGUGGUUCGUUACGCGGUACUUCGGGAGGACGGGCGGUGUCGUUUGGGCAGCAUCGGCAGACGUGGCCCGACAGACUCGAUCUGCCACCAAGAAAGAAUACGGAUACCAGUACAACUUCGGAGGGUGCGAGCCAGUCGGAGGGCAAACCAAACAAAACGAAGACGUCGGAACCGAACAUAGAUUUUGAACUGGAUGUAAAAGUUCACAUAAACAGUGGGAAAUGUGUACUUCAUACGAAGGAGCCUACACGCGAUGACGAUUUGAAAAUUGGUCGGUCUCGGGUUGGUCGAUCAGCGUCCGGUGGCCUUGGAGCAGGAACUAGUGCGGGUUCUGGAUUGGAAGUAGGAGGCUCCAGCAAUCCCUCUAUGGGACCCACGCCUACUGGACCUUUGGGAGGUUCACCUAACGCGCGUCGGAAACCUCGUCUCCCACCACCUCCUGAUGUCACAGUGUUUAGAGUGCCGGGACUGCAACUAAAAGUACAUUACGAAUCGAAAACACUACCAGAAGAGUCAGCGUCUCCGCAGUCCAUUCCGAAUAUACCCCCACCAAAUGUAGUUGGCGCUCGGAAAAUGGGAACAAAGAAAGCGGCUUUAUUUGCAUGGAUCACAUUGCAGAGUAUUCCGGAAGAGACAAUUAUCAGUCCUCACAUUUUAGAGUUCCUCGAGCAAACUCUUGAGCCGAUUCCAACUAAGGCUUCAUUUUCAAUGCCAACACCGGAAACGGAGACCCGAUCGACUGAGGGAGGUUCCGGGGAGGAAGGUGGGGGGUCGUACGGUCAAUACGUUUACGCGUCCUUCCCUGUCGACGUGAUCGUGCAUUUCCACACGCGACCGUCCGCGUUCAGGUUUAGCUGCCUGCCUGCUUCUAGAGUGGAGUGCCUUCUACAACUUCCCAGCUUGCAGAUCGUCUUCAGCUCUAAACGUGCUAGUGAUGAAGAAAUGGCGGAAGCUGCGAUAGCGAUGGGCGGUCUCAGUGUGACAGGCUGCUUGGCGGACUUCUCGGUGUAUAUCUUCCACCCGUACGGAGGAAAGAAGUCCAGUCUCAAAGAAGCGCAGUGGUCGCCUCUCGCCGACACCGAGAGAAAGGACUCCCUCAGCAUUAACGUGGAGUUUGUCAAAUUCCACCUUUCCCGGUUCAGGAAGUUGGACUUUCAGACUGACCAAGACCAGUCGAAGGCGACUGUAAGGUUUUCAACUAUUGUGGACGUUGGCUCUGCGUCGUUUAAGUACGACAUGCGUCGUUUGGGAGAAAUACUCGCCUUUCCAAGAGCCUGGUAUCGUCGGUCCAUCGUACGCCGCCUCUUCCUUGGUGACGUCAGCCUCGAUUUGGACCAACCUUCAACCAGUAAUAACACACCCGUAUCACCGGUUCUACCACAGCGGGAAAAGGCCAAACUUGAGCCUCAAAGGUCUAAAGAAAGCAAGCAGUGGGGGGCGGCGUGGGAGACCCUGGUGUUAUUCGCAGUGAACUUCACUCGGCUCAACAUCCACAUGAACAUGGGCAACGUCAUGGGAAAUGUCAGCUGGCAGAGUCGUUCGCUCGGUGCAUCGGGCCGGUUGAGUAUUGGCAGCACCCAUCACAGACACAUGGUGGUGCGAGUCGCCUUGGGCGGUUCCUCCCUCGACGCAAGAGGUGGCAUCGUGGGGGGCGCUAUAAACCUUGCUGCUUUGCAUGCACAUGUUCACGUAGAGGAAGAGCCAGGAAGCAGCCCGGCUCACGUGUGCGGGGUUCGUCUGGCCGCGUUGGAACUAAGACUGGAGUACAUGGGCACUCCGGUACUAUUGGCCCGUCUGUCCCGACCGCGUGCUGCAUUGAGAGACCAGUGGCAGUCGCGUCGCCACAGGCCUGCUGCUAGUCGACCAGCGACCAUCCUCACGCACUGCACUUUGAGCUGGCACCAGUUACAAAUCCUCAUGAGUCGCAGCACGACACCAGAUUUACUCAAAAUGCAACUCAAGCUGGAAGAGUUCUUCACGCAGCAGUUCAAGUCGAGCAAACGGGUGUUCAGCUCGCUUCAUCCUAGCUACGGUACUCUAAGGCGGGAUAGGAAAGAACCUACGACCAGUGCUGGUGAUAGCAGCGUGCCGCAGCAAGAGUUACGGCACCACCGACACUGGCAAAAAGUGUUGACAUUUGUAACUGGCUUAUCGUUAAACAACGAUCCAUCUUCAAACACGCCAGGGUGCGUAUUGGGUGGUAGCAUAGAGCUUAUAGGCUCGAACAUAUCUCUGGCGUGCUUCCAUGGAAACAGUUUGAAGGCAAAAUCGUGGGCACUGUUCAGUUUAAAGGAUGUGUGCAUUACCUUCGCCACCGAGGCACAACAUCUCCACAUUGAAAAUGGUGAAGUGGAGGUUCAAGCGGUCCAGACGCUUACUGCAAGCCUCGGCGGCGCAGGCGCAAAUGGAACUGGCGCGACGAGCAGCGGAGGAGGUCACCAAUCGCUGGCGACUGUUUGUCGGAUGUCGCGCACCGUGCUGUUCCCUCCCCAAUUUAAGACCCUACGGGAAUGGUUCCAAUAUGCAUUCGCUGAUAGCGAAAUUGAUGCUAUUGAAUUGUUCCCCUCAUUGGAGAAAGAGGGUGGAAUAGUAACGAGCGGUACAGGCAGCACAGGCAGCUCGGGCAGUGGUAACGCGGGCAACGGAUCCAGUAAUAAAACGGGACACGUGCGAGAGGUGAUAUUUGCUCUGCCCGCUCUUCAAUUGCACUUGAGGACUAGCCACCGCCAACCUCAGGAACCACCCACUGAGAACGAUCCGAAACCGGUAGUAGAAUGCAGUUUUAUAACAGAGUUUGAAGACCACAUCUUUGUGUCUGUAGACGCAGAAGCCUUCCUAUUCUUGCAUGAUCUCAUCUCUUCCUACAUCAAGGAGAAGGAUCGCGUGAUGCCAGGCGGACGCGUAUCACACAGUGAAUCUACUCCACUUGUACCUCCCCUGGACUAUCGAGACUAUCACUGCCUAACAUGGCAUCUGGAACCCACCGUUAGGUUACUCUCCUGGGCGGGUAAAUCCAUCGAGCCAUACGGCGUGGACUACAUAUUGCAGAAGCUUGGGUUCAGCCAUGCGCGAUCCACCAUCCCCAAGUGGUUACAACGAGGAGCCCUUGACCCAUUGGACAAGUUACUAUCAUUAGUCCUUCUAAGAUUACUCGGACAGUUGAAAUAA